AAUGUACAUUCAUAAACAUACAAUAUAAAUAAUUAAAUAAAUAUCGCUGUUUCUAGGGAAAGUUACGAGUUUAACUUUCGAGUUUGGGGAAAAUGUAUUAGUGUUAAUAAAUACCUAAGAAUACCUAAAUGGAGAACAAGAAAAGUGAAGCUUACAGAUUAAGCAAAUAAUAGAUAAUGGUUGUAAAAACUAGUAUCAAUCAACUUAAGUCACUGCGAGAUAAUUAAAAGUAAUGGGGAAUGAUAAAUAUAAUAAAAUCAAUAGGCAAAAAUGAUCAUGAAGAGUUUUGA